CCGCUUAACCCUCUGGCUGCUGCCGCCGCGGGCACGAUUGUGGGCAGCCCCGGGCGGCGCCGUGGGAGGCUGCGGGGUCUCGGUGGGGGCCCGUGGCCCGAGCGCCCCUAAGUCAGCCGCCAAACGCGGCUCGGGCAGAGCGCCGCGCGCCCGCGGAAAGGGGCUGAUGCCGCCCGGGGGAGGCCUCCCUCCCGCCCCGUGGGAGACCCAGAACGUGGCCGGGGGGGGCGCAUCGGGACCCAAGGGCCCCGGGAUCCCGUGGGAUAGGGGGGCCCGGAGAAGCACAGGAGGAGGAAACAGUCCCGGGGGGAGGGGCGCGGCCCGAGCAAGGCCCCUUCGCUCUGGGGUCGGACUGGCCGCCCGGGGGCUCUCGGGGGCUCCCCGCCCGGCACUCCCGGAGGCAGGCGGCUUCCCAGAGCGCAGGCCUCGGGCGCACAAGGGGGGGUCGGCGGAGAGGGGGCGGGGCCAAUGAGCCGCGCGGGUCCCGGAGGCCGGGUCACGGAACCAGGUUCGGACGGAGCGCGCAGGCUCCCGGCUCUUACAAAGGGGCAAACUGAGUCCCAGCCUCGCCGGCGGCGGUGGGGGGGACUUGCCCCGCGCCCCGGAGCCGCCCUCCUCCCGCCCCGAGCCCCGGCCUGUCCGCGGCCGAGCCGGACCCAGGGGCCGGGCCGGGGAGCGGCUCCGCGGCCGGGCGGCCGGCGCCUUUAAGCCGGGCAGAACUACAUUUCCCGGGCCGCCCGGGCCGCGCUGACGCAGCCCCCGCCCCCUCCCCCGCGGGGAGGCGCAGGGCGGGCGGGGGGAGGUGACUUGAUGUCAUUCUGAGCAGCUGGGGCGGCCGGUGCAGGCAGGCGGAGCGCACGGAGCUCCCGGCCCCCUCCCCGCCGCCCGCCAGCGCCCCCCAGAGCCGGGAGCGCGCCCCCCGCAGCCGCAGGGGUCGCAGGGGAAGGGGGACCAGCGGCGGCUCCGGCGGGCGCCCCUUCCUCCCCCUCCCUGCGGCGGCUCCCCGGGACCCCGGCGCUCGGAGCUCCCCGCGCGCACCCCGAGCCCUGGCCCCGGCCCCGGCCCCGGGAGGGGGGGGCGCGUGCGGUGGGGGAUGCCCCAGCGCCCGCAGGGGACCCCCGGGCUUCCCCAGCUGGGACGGACCCCCGGGGGGGCUGCCUCCGCUCUCCAUCCCGGGCCGGAGCGGGGCCGGCCCCUCGCCCUGCACCCCAACCCCUGAGGGGGGGCUCCAGCCGAGGAUCGCGCCCGGCCUGGGGGGCCCCCAACCCGUGGGCCCCUGGGAGGACCAUUCUACCUCGACUUCCCCUCCGUAAGAACUCUGUAACCAGCUCCUCCUGCCCCUCCCCCAAGGGCCUGCCACCUGAGGACCCCCUCUUCCGGCUGCCCCCCAGGGACGGACUGGUUACUUGGUAGGGCCCUGGGGGGAGGCGGGGGCGUAGUUCUUGUCUCUGAGCCCCGUUAGCAGGCCCGUGCCCUGGCCAGGAUGGGUCGGCCCGGGGCUCCCUGUUAGCCAGGACUUUGGCAGAGGAGGCACCUGGUAGUGGGGGGGCACCUUCCCCUCCCCCCCGCGCCCCCUGACGCUGCUGCCCUUAGUCACCAUGGACACCAAGCUGCCCCCGGCGAGCACCCCGACCAGCCCUUCCUCCCCCGGGCUGUCCCCAGUCCCCCCGCCGGACAAGGUAGACGGCUUCUCCCGGAGGUCCCUGCGGCGGGCCCGGCCCCGGCGCUCCCACAGUUCUUCCCAGUUCCGGUACCAGAGCAACCAGCAGGAGCUCACCCCCCUGCCGCUGCUCAAGGAUGUGCCGGCCUCGGAGCUCCACGACUUGCUGAGCCGGAAGCUGGCCCAGUGUGGGGUCCUCUUCGACUUCCUGGAUUGCGUGGCCGACCUGAAGGGGAAGGAGGUGAAGCGGGCGGCCCUCAACGAGCUGGUGGAGUGUGUGGGAGGCACCCGGGGCGUCCUCAUCGAGCCCGUGUACCCCGAUAUCAUCCGCAUGAUCUCAGUGAAUAUCUUCCGGACGCUGCCGCCCAGUGAGAAUCCCGAGUUUGACCCUGAGGAGGAUGAACCCAACCUGGAACCUUCCUGGCCACACCUGCAGCUGGUCUACGAGUUUUUCUUGCGUUUCUUGGAGAGUCCGGACUUCCAGCCCUCAGUGGCCAAGAGAUAUGUGGAUCAGAAGUUCGUGUUGAUGCUCCUGGAGCUGUUCGACAGCGAGGACCCCCGGGAGCGCGAGUACCUCAAAACCAUCCUGCACCGCGUCUACGGCAAGUUCUUGGGCCUUCGCGCUUACAUCCGAAAGCAAUGCAACCACAUCUUCCUGCGGUUCAUCUAUGAGCUGGAGCACUUCAAUGGCGUGGCCGAGCUGCUGGAGAUCCUCGGGAGUAUCAUCAAUGGGUUUGCUUUGCCCCUGAAGACUGAGCACAAACAGUUCUUGGUCCGCGUGCUGAUCCCCCUGCACUCAGUCAAAUCUCUCUCCAACUUCCAUGCCCAGCUGGCGUACUGCGUGGUGCAGUUCCUGGAAAAGGAUGCGACCCUGACCGAGCACGUGAUCCGAGGAUUGCUCAAAUACUGGCCCAAAACCUGCACCCAAAAGGAGGUGAUGUUCCUGGGGGAGAUGGAGGAGAUUCUGGAUGUCAUCGAGCCCUCCCAGUUUGUCAAGAUUCAAGAACCCCUCUUCAAACAGAUUGCUCGCUGUGUCUCCAGCCCCCACUUCCAGGUUGCAGAGCGGGCUCUGUAUUUCUGGAACAAUGAAUACAUCCUGAGCCUCAUUGAGGACAAUUGCCACACCGUGCUGCCUGCUGUGUACGGGACCCUCUACCGCGUCUCCAAGGAGCAUUGGAACCCGACCAUCGUGUCUCUGAUCUACAACGUGCUUAAAACCUUCAUGGAGAUGAACGGGAAGCUGUUCGAUGAGCUCACGGCUUCCUACAAACUGGAGAAACAGCAGGAGCAGCAGAAAGCCCGGGAGCGGCAGGAGCUGUGGAAGGGCCUGGAGGAGCUGCGGCUGCGGAGGCUGCAGGGGGCGGACGAGCCUCCGCUGCAUCGGCCGGGGGCCAGGCCGGCCCCGGGAGGGGAGCAGAGCUAGAGGCCCCCCCGCCCCCCACAUACACACAGGCAGUUGAACCAUUCACCCCAGCCCCACUGCUCCCCACCCCCAGCCCGCCCUCCGGGGGCUACCGCUAGGCACGACCCCCCCCACCUGAGCGUGGACCUGGGGCCGGAGGGGAGGGGCGCCAGACGGACUCGACGGGCCGAGGGGCCCGGGAGCCAUCGGCACAGGGUGGGCGCCCCCCGGGCCGGGCUCUGACGGCUUCAGGAGCCCCGUUCUCCCCCCUCCCCCGAGCCCCCGGAACCCCUGCCAGGACCCUGGGAGCACCUCGUGCCAGCGCGAGGCCUUCCCUCUCUCCCCGCCCACCCCACGGGCUCCAGGCCAUAUUUAUUGCCCUCCCCCGGCCUCAGUCUCGGGGCACCCCCUCCCCCCUGCAGAACUUCUUCCCCUUUUUAUUUAUUGGGCAGGGAGUAGAUAGGGGAGGGGUCGGGGGAGAGGGGCUCCCAAGGUCCUGGGGAAGGAGGGUUCCUACAUGAAUCAUGAUCUGCUCCCUCUUCCCACUCUUGGGGGUGGACUGAAUAAAGAGAAAACUCCAAGGCUG